AUGCAGCCGGAAAACCAAGAACUCUACCGCUUUCUGGCCCAGAACGGCUUAAUCAAUGGUCACCCGUAUGGAUCACUUCCCGGCGGACAGAGCUUCUGCAGCUCCUCCUCUUACUACAGUAAUAAGUACGCCUUGAAUAAUCUGGAGGCGUCUGGGGUACUCAGUACUACUAGUACUGAUACUACUACACCUCACGAUCGAGCCCAAGCUGCUCUCAACAAUCACAAGGAGGCCGAGAAGAGAAGGAGAGAGAGAAUUAAUUCACACCUCGAUAAGCUUCGAUCACUUCUUCCAUGUAAUUCCAAGACAGACAAAGCAUCGCUGUUAGCAAAGGUGGUCGAACGAGUGAAAGAGCUGAAACAACAAAUGUCAGAAAUCACAGAACUCGAAACCUUCCCUUCUGAAGCUGAUGAAAUCACUGUACUUUGCUCCAGUGAGGAUGAGUAUUCGAACAAUGGAGGAAUUAUUUUCAAAGCCUCACUGUCCUGCGAGGACCGACCAGAACUCCUGCCUGAUCUAAUUGAGAUACUAAAAUCCCUCCAUUUGAAGACACUUAAAGCUGAAAUGGCAACUCUCGGAGGAAGAAUUCGCAGUGUGCUUAUCGUUGCCGCCGAUAAGGAUCACACCAUCGAAUCAGUUCCUUUCUUGCAGAAUGCAUUCAAGUCUUUAUUAGAACGCUCAAACUCUAGUGAAAGAUCAAAGAGGCGUCGCCGUGUUUUAGAUCCAACGUUACUCGUCUAGCCUAAUAUCGAAUUAUAUAUACAAUUUACUAGAUGAUUGCAAUACUUUAAUUUUCGAUUUUCAUUUUUUCUUUGAUUUAUAUUUUAUCUUGGCUUCUUUUGUGAGUUUAUGUGAGUUUGUUUGAUGAGAACAUGAAGAUGAAAAUGAUAAAUUAAUGGGGUUUUAAUUAAUUUCAUGAUUGAGUGCAU